CCGGCCCGGAGCGGGGACAGCCCGGGGUCGGUGGGAGAGGCGCGGCCUCGGAAGGGCGGGAAGGCGAAGCGGAGGCCGCCGGGCCCCUUUGGGAGGCACCGCGCUGGCUGCAGCGAGCUGAGGGGGCGCGCGGCGGGGAGCAGCGCGGGAGCGCAGAACUGGCCCCGGUGACCGCUCGGCGGAGGCGGGAGGGGGGGGCAGCGCUCCUCCCACCGUCCCGUGAGGCGGCGCGUGCUCUCCCUGCAGCACCGGCGCCCGUAGCGCGGGCCGAGGGUCCGGCCGUGCCCUGCGGCAGCGGCAGCCGAUGUCCCCCGCGCUGUGAUGCUCGGCGGAUCCGGGAUGGACGCGAGCGAGCGCCGAGGCGGCAGCGCGGAGCGCGGCGCGGCCUGGGCUGGGGCCGGGCGGGAGGCGGCGGCGGCGCCCAGGGGGGCUGCGGGCGCUCGGUGCGCGGCGUGCGAGGGAAGCGGCUCCGGGCCGGGCGGGACCGAACUGCACAGCCCCGAGUCCAGCGGCGGCUCGGGCGCCGAAAAAGCCAACAGAGAGCAGCUGAAUUGGAGCCAGUCCCACAGAGAUAUGAUGAUGAUGAUCCAAGAAAUGAAAAGGUGUUUACCUGAAGAAAAAAGGAGUUCUAACAAACCCAGUACCAUCAGUGCUCUCAACUACGCCUUGCAGUGUGUCCAGCAGGUCCAAGCAAACAAUGACUUUUUCCAGGCUCUGAAUGACCGAAGAGUGUUUCAGACAGAUGUGGUGACAUACAGCAUAGAAGAGUUGGUGGCAGUUGCAUCUGAACACACUCCAAAAAACACUGACACGUUUGUAGCUGUAUUUUCUUUGCUGUCUGGACGCAUAGUGCAUAUUUCUGAGCAGGCAGCAUCUAUUCUGAACUGUAAGAAGAAAGUGUUGGACUCUUCCCGGUUUGUGGAGUUGCUUGUGCCUCAGGAUGUGAGUGUGUUCUACACACACACUGAUCAGUCUCACCUGCCCCUUUGGAACAUGGAAAGUCAAACAGCUUCUCCAUAUGAAUAUGCCCAGGUGAAAUCCUUUUUCUGCAGGAUCAGGGGUGGGAAAGAUCAAGAACAAGAAGCACGUUGUUACCCCUUCCGAAUCACCCCAUACUUGGUCCACGUGUGCACUUCUGUCCGUGUGGAUGCAGAGUCCUGCUGCUUAGCUUUGGCUGAGAAAAUCCACUCUGGAUAUGAAGCUCCUCGAAUUCCUAUGGAUAAAAGAAUAUUCACCACCACACACACCCCUGGAUGUGUUUUUCUGGACAUAGAUGACAGAGCAGUGCCUUUGUUGGGUUACUUACCUCAGGAUUUAAUUGGAACAUCCAUACUGAUGUAUUUGCACCCAGAAGAUCGUCCUUUGAUGAUCACUAUUCACCGGAAAAUACUGAAAUUUGCUGGCCAACCCCCUUUUGAGCACUUACCUAUUAGAUUUUGUACUCAAAAUGGGGAUUAUGUCAUACUGGACACCAGCUGGUCCAGUUUUGUGAAUCCUUGGAGCAGGAAAGUUGUGUUCAUCAUUGGCCGACACAAAGUCCGGACUGUUUAUAGCUAUCUUCAUCAAAUGAAAAUGAACAGUGAAAUACUGUUGGCUCUCUCCAGAAGCCCUCUGAAUGAAGAUGUCUUUGCCCCAAGAAGUAAAGAAACGAGCAGCGUGGAGAAAGAGAUAAGAGAAUUACAAGGACAAAUUUACAAACUGCUUCUGCAGCCAGUUCACAGCAAUGUUUCCAGUGGUUAUGGAAGCCUUGGAAGCAGUGGCUCCUAUGAGCACUACAUCAGCAUAGCAUCUUCAAGUGACUCCAAUGGGAACUGUGCAGAGGAAACACAGGAACCAAUGACAUUGCAACAAGUUUGUGCAGAUGUCAACCGAAUUAAGAACCUGGGGCAGCAGCUGUACAUUGCAUCGAGGAGCAAGCCACAGAAUGCAAAUGAACAGGCUGUGAACUCAGAAGUUUUGGGAGGGAAGAGGCACACUGCUUCUUGUUUUCUUCAGACACUGAGAGGGGAUAGCACAGAAGAACCAGGCAAUACAUUUUUUGAUGAUUCAAAGAAGACUCCACAUGUUCCUUCCUAUCAGCAGAUCAAUUGUGUCGAUAGUAUCAUCAGAUAUCUAGAGAGCUGCAGUAUUCCAGCAUUGAAAAGGAAAUGUAAAUCUUCUGCAAAUACAUCAUCGUCAUCUUCAGAAGAUGACAAACAAGUCCAGCAAAGUCAGCAGGAAGUCAGGGCAUUGGAAGAUACUGCUAUGCUGUCAGCAGUUGAGUCCCACACGCCAAUAUCUGCUGGUCUGGAAGAGACGCUGAAAGACCAGACAACUGCAGGCAUGGUGGGAGCUCCUCUGGCAGACCUGACCCUGUCCAACAAGGCUCCAAGUGUCAUAUCUGUCACCAGCCAGUGCAGCUACAGCAGCACUAUAGUGCAUGUCCCACACCCUGAAUCAGAAGUGACUACAAUGGAGGAUGCCGCAGUUGGAAGUGAACAAAUUGAGCUGCCUCCUGUGAAUGCUCAGAGUCUUGCAGUGCUGCCUGAGGACUUAAAGCCAGUUGGGCUAACAAAGGAGACGUUGUCAGCCCACACUCAAAAGGAGGAGCAGAACUAUGUUGACAAGUUCCGACAGAGGGUCUUGCUCUCUCCAUUUAGGACUUACCUUCAACAAGGAAGCAGAAGUAACAACAGACAUUCCUGUGGACAAGGCGAUUCCCCUUCAAAGCAGAUCAGCCCAGCUAGCUGUAAAAAAGGAAAACAUGGAAAAUUCAAGCGCCAGAAACCUCAGAGACAGUGCUCAGAUAGCCACUCUUCUAGUAAAAAUAGAAAUAGUCUUCCAUGUGAGAAGAGAACAAAUCAGAAACAGUUGUUCUCUCCCCCAGAAGUAUCCUAUCUGAGCUCCUCCAGCCUGAAUGUCCAUCCUCCUAUGGGAUUUCCUGCCUGUUCGAAUCCAGUGUCUACUUUUCCAGCCUCUUCUGAAGGAGAGCAGCUUGCCCUUCGCUCAUUACAACCCCAGUCCAUGUCCUCAUCACAGCUGUGCUGUGGAACACAGUCAUACCCAGUCCUUUAUCCCCCAAACAUAGGCUCGUUUAUGGCUGUAUUUUUUCAGGGUUUCCCCAUGUAUGCUCAGAUGCCUCAACCUCUCUUGCUCCCUAGCCCUCAGUGUGUUUAUCCACCUUCUUCAUAUCCAUGCACCACACUACCUCCAGCACCCCCUCCUUGUGCUCCAUCACCAGUAGCACCACACUCUGUGGAUCAGCCCUUUCCAGCCUCUCCUCACUCAUCCGUGGAGGACCAGCAAGAGGGCCAGUGUGACCAGGCCCUACUGCUGAGCAGCUCACGGAGCAGCUCCCCACUUCAGCUGAAUUUGCUUCAAGAAGAGCUGCCAAAACCUAUGGAGCUUUCCAUUAGUGCUGAUGUUAAGCCACAUGCAGAAGAUAAAUGUGAUAAUGAUCCAGAAGAUAGUGCUAACAGUGCUGCUCUUGAAUUUCCUGACCACUCGUUGUACAAGGAGUCACAGUUGGGUUCAGGUUCAGCAGCAUCAGGCAGUGGAUCAGCUUUAUCUGGUUCUUUAGGCUCUAGCUUCAACGAGACUUCUGGUCAUGGCACAGCAGGUAGUGGGAAAAGCAGCAAGUAUUUUGCCAGUAAUUAUUCUUCUGAAGCUUCCAAAGAAGAGAAGAAUCAGGAAGCAGAAGAAAAAGGGACAGCUUAUAAAUCGAAACAUGAGUCAGCCUGGGUGAUGAUGGAUCACACACCUGAGAGAGUUCUAAUGAAUUACCAAAUGCCAAACAGAAUCAAAGAGGAAGUUCUAAAGCAGGAUCUGGAGAAGCUGGCAGUCAUGAAGAAGCAGCAGCCUUGGUUUACAGAUGGGCAGAAGAAGGAGCUUGCAGAGGUGCACUCAUGGAUCCGGACCCAGACUGUGCCCCUGCAAAUCAGCACCCAGGGCUGUGUUACGUGUGACAGCAGGGAAACGAGUUGUGAGGCUGCAGUGGCUGAUGACAACAUGGAAAACAAGGGAGAGCCACCUCCAGUCCUGCCACGCUGAGGACAGCAGCACCUGUGUCAGUGCAACUGCUUGGUGUAAUUCUCACCCUCCUUCCCUCUGGCUUUGCUCCAUACCAGCAGUGAAUCUCCAUGGCCAUCUCUUACCAACAUGAGCAGUCACACAUGAAACUCAAUCUUCCUCUUUUACCCCUCCACUCCUGGCAUGACUCUGAAGACAAUCUUUCAGUGGGAGGCUGUUUCACUUUCUGACCUCAUAGACUUGACACAGAAUGGGUUAUGUUUGUAACCUUUGACUGCUCAAAAAUGAGCAAAAUGCAAGGAUUUUUUUGGCUUGGUUGUUUGUUCUUUUGAAAUUGGCAAUUAAGUGUGAAAAGAUGCAGUGUUUAAGAACCUUUGGUGAUGAAUUUACUGUUCAGACCAUAUUUACUCUCCAAGUAUGAUGGACAUACUGAAGCCAAGCUACAGUACUCUUCAUUUUUGUUCAAUAUUUAAAGGUCUAAACUAAAGAUCCAAAUAUUCUGAGGCUCUGAAAUUGCUGUAUUUCAGAGUAUAAUGUAGCUGGUGUGAGAAUGCAAUAGGCUUUUUAAAGAGCAGCUGAAACUGGCCUGGUUAUUCUGCAUCAAAUGCCUUUUGCCAGCUUGUGCCCGUCAAAAAGAAGCAAACUGAAGUGAAAAGGAGCAUAUUUUUCCCUAUGUUUUUUGUGAGGUGGGUUUUGGAGUUGAGUUGUUUUACAGCUUUUGAUUUUAAAGCUGUUUUUAUCAAGACAGAUAUAUAAACUAAUUGAGGAUAACUGGUUUGCAAAUACACAGCAAUUAAAAAAAAAACCAACCAACCCAAAAGUAUUCAACCAAUUAAAAAGGCUCUGCUUUUUAAAAACAGACCCAUGGAAAAUUUUCUCUAUCAAGGCAAGUAAUUAUCAAUUAAAGUAUUUACAUGCAAUCCUUUAUCUUAUGUUGGUAGUGCUUGGGAAGAUGGGUUUGUAUCUUAAUGUUUUCUUUAUUGAGUGGUUAGAGGAGUUGAAACCAGACAUAAAAAAUAGGAAAUUAUUUAAGCAGUUUCUCAUUUGUUUUUGUUGUGGUGAUGCCAAAACCAAAAAGAAUUAACUUCAUUUCUUCUCCUUUCAAAACUCACAUGUUGUGGAGCUAAACUUGAACAUCAAACCACAUAUUCAUUAUUUCUUAGCACUGUUGACUUCCUGCAUAAGAUACAACCUCUUUCAUUGUAAUGGAGUCUGGCUGUUGAAAUCCAUGGAUGAAAAAGGAAUUUGUAGCUCAGAACAUGGUAAUCACUUUCAGUAUGUAAAAAGACUUGUUCUCAUUAAUGUCUCAAAGUGCUCUUCAAACAGGACAUGCUUGGCUAAAAACCUGGCAAAUUUUGUCUGAUUUCCUCUCUGUUUAUCAAAAGCUUGGAUGUAAUCAGAUUUUCCUUGUGGUGUUAUUAAUCACCUUAGCUUUCUCAGCAAAGAGUUUUAGGAUGUAGUAUGUUAUAUACCCUUUUGUUCUGUGUAAUCCUUUUGUUGCUGUGUGAAAUAUUUUUGUUGCUCUUGUUUCAGUUACUGGUAAGGUUCAAGGAAAAUAUUGUAAUCUGCAGGUCAUUGAAGGAAAACUGUAUUUAUCUAAAGGUUUCUUUACUUGUAAAAGUCAGUCAAGGGACAAUCUUUCUUGUUAAAGUUUAUUUUAAGGAAAGUUAUUUUUACAGAAUUUUGAGUUUUCAAGGCUAAUUUCACUCAGGCAGCAUUCUUUUUAUGUGUUUGGGGUUUUUUUUUCAGUGUUUUUGCCUGCUCUGUUUAUACCUAUUGGUUUCUAUUUGUUCUAAAGCUACAUUUCUUUGUCUUUCAGUUUUUUCAGCUUGAACUUGUUUUUUUCUUGUGUUGUAAAUCAGCAGAGAUCCACAUAUCCUCAGUGCUGCUUGUGUUCAAACUUCAAACACCUCUUAAAAUAAGAGACUUCAGUAGGUGUUUACAUGUAGCAGGUUAUGUAUUCAGGUUGGAAGAUGUGGGCAGUAUCUUACACCUUUCCUAGCCUUCUUACAGCAUUUUCCAAACAUGGUAUUCUGCUUUAUAACCACACUGCCUAAAAUAUUUGCUCUAAAACAUGUAAUCAGAUACUUUGUGUAAGAGUUCUUUCUUGAUUGGAGAACUUCUUAAUUAACUUAGCUGUCAAAUUAGACUUAUGUACUAGAAUCCAUUCUACUUAGCUGUGCUUAAAUGAAAAUGAUUGCUUUAAUGCAUUUUGAGACUUAGUGAAGUAGAUUAAAUCGAAUAUUUCAGGUAAGGAAAGCUGUCUCCUUCAAAAUAGUUUGGAACCCCAAGCCAGAAGGAGAGUUAUAGCAACAGUAGACUUUUGUGUCCAUUAUUUUUAUUUCCUGAGUUUGAAAGUGUUAGUUUAUUUCCCAAGUAUGAAAAUGAGCUGAUUUGCAAUGAAUUAGCAGGCAGACAUGUCAUCUCUUUUGUAAAACAGUGAGACUUAAUUCAGGAGAAUGGCAAUGUGUACCUAACACUUGAAUAAUGCUUUUGAUCCAUAGGUCCAUGAACAUGUCAAAAAGAUGACCAUUACUAUCCCAGCUGUAUAAAAAGAGGCAGAGACACAAAGGGCCAUACCCACAGUUCAUUCCAAAUUCAGGAGUAAAAUUUGGGAAUCUUCACUUGCUGUAUCCUGUGCUGUCUUUGCUACAAGUGAUCAAGAUUCUGUAUGUAGAAACCUGAUCAUGUUACCUGUGGUUUAUUUUUGGAGAUGUUAACCCUUCUGUACCCCCUACUGCUGUGAAUUUGUGCCCAGUAGAAUCAUUGAGCAACAGAAAGCCCAGACAGUUUUUGAAUUGCUGUGAAUACCAUAGACCCUCUGGCCAUAUAUAAUGAAAAUUCAUGUGCCUAGGAGUUUGAAUUCCAGGUUUGUAAUCCUGGAUAAAUCUUAGGUGUGAGAUCCCUUUUCUGGGGCUACACAUGUCCUGGGUUAUGGAAAAAAUUGUAGUGUGGGAGAAUAAUGUGAGAGGAAUGAGCACUAGAAUCAGUGCCCUGUGUGAUGAUGAGACAGUUAUUUUACCCAAAAUCAAACAGUCUUGGCUGCAAAAUCAGCAGUUUUUAUCCCCUUAGAAUAAAAAAACCCCCCCAAACUUUCCCAAGGUACUCUUUACCCUGCUAGAACCACAACUUCAUCUUGCAAUGAGAUGCCUUAUCAAGCCUUUGACCUCAUUUCCAUAAGUUUUCAGGAACUGGCAGUUUUUACUUCAGCUUUUACUAAUCUUUCAGUCCUUGUAGUGUGCUGGAGUGAUCACAGCAAGAUGCAGUUCUGUUCAGAAAGGCCAAUGGAGUGAGUGUUGCAGCCAGAUUUUGCACCUGGCUCUUUUCGUUUCUGUGGCUUUGUUUUGCCUGGCAAAAUGUUGCAGACAGCUUAGAGCUGCUUGAAAAAUCACUUAUUUAGUGGUCAGAGGGAAAACAUGCUGGUAAAGCACUGAUGCAGUUACUACCCCCUGUGGGGGUGUCAGCAGUUUGGAAACCCUCGGAGGAUUUCACUGGCAAUCUUUUUUGUUGUUGUUGUUGUAUUCAUAAAUGUAGAAUUAUGUUUUUAAAAAGAUGAGUUGUUGUGCAGAUAUUUUCAUGGCAUUGCUAUGAACAGAAGGGACCCUCAUGUAUUUUUACAGUGUGGUAAAUACUUGCUGAAUGAGUAAUGUAUUGGUAAGUUUAUCUUCCAACUGAAUUGAGUUUUGAAUCACAAUUGAAUGAAUUUUUACAUCAGUUGGUAGGAGUAUUUUAUUGAAACAAUAUUCAGCUGUGGUUGAAUUUACAGUUGUGAUUUUAACUGUACACUUUAAAGGAGCAUCUGAUUUUAUAAAUAAAACAAAUAUAUGCUGCAAUGAA